GGACAUGAUUUUAUAAGAAGUUAUGCAGCAUUGUUCAAGAUAGAUCCGCGAUCUUUGUGAUGAAACAUUUUUACUCUAUUUUAGGCUUUUGAUUUUUCUCCAUUUUAAGUUGAAAUGGCUUUAGUAGUGUACCUGAAGACUGUCACGGAGCUUCGUGGAAAGGGGGACCGCAUCGCUAAAGUGACUUUCAGAGGUCUCUCCUUCUUCUCCCGGGUGCUGGAAAACUGCGAGGAUGAAGCUCGGUUUGAGCAGGCAUUCCGUUGGCCAAUCGGGAGUCAAGUGGACGGCGACGAGAUGCUGGAGAUACAAGUGUUUAAUUACAGCAAAGUCUUCACUAACAGGUUAAUUGGCACUUUCCGCAUGGUUCUGCAGAAGGUGGUGGAGGAGGGUCACUUGGAGGUGUCUGACACUCUUAUUGACGACAAUAACACAGCCAUACGGACAAGUAUUUCCAUAGAGAUCAAAUAUCAGACCAUGGACGGGAGUGUGAAGGUAUGGAGCGAUGGUGAAUUCCUUGAUAUUCCAGAUGACUGUGAUGGAACUUUCCAGUUUGAGACAGAAAGUCUACUCUCUGGACGCAGCCAGAGCUCUGGGACAUCACCUGGACGUUCUAUCCACGGCAUUCCCACAUUCCGCAAGACAGGAAAAGGAGUGUUUUCAGCCAUGAAACUGGGAAAGACACGCAUCUCUAAAGAUGACCACAAAAAAGGAGAUGACGCUGCCAUUUUGGAUGCAGAAGAUCUGGAUCGAAAGGGCAUGCGUCUGGGUGGUGGGCUCGACCCUGAUACCAUCUCACUGGCCUCUGUUACUGCAGUAACCACUAAUGUCUCCAACAAAAGAUCAAAGCCUGACAUUAAGAUGGAGCCCAGUUCAGGGCGUCCUGUGGAUUAUCAGAUCAGUGUAACAGUAAUCGAGGCCCGUCAGUUGAUUGGUUUGAACAUGGAUCCUGUGGUUUGUGUGGAAAUUGGCGAGGAGAAGAAGUAUACAUCAAUGAAGGAGUCCACAAACUGCCCCUACUACAAUGAGUACUUUGUCUUUGACUUCCAUGUGCCUCCAGAUGUCAUGUCUGACAAGAUCCUGAAGAUAUCAGUAAUACAUUCUAAAAACCUUCUACGAAGCGGUACUCUGGUGGGCACCUUCAAACUAGAUGUGGGAACUGUUUACUCACUACCUGAGCAUCAGUUCCACCACAAAUGGGCAAUGCUGUCGGACCCUGAUGACAUCACAGCCGGCUGCAAAGGUUACGUUAAGUGUGACAUUGCAGUCGUAGGAAAAGGAGACAACAUCAAGACUCCCCACAAGGCCAAUGAAACAGAUGAGGAUGACAUAGAGGGGAAUCUUCUCUUGCCAGAGGGUAUUCCAUCAGAGAGACAAUGGGCUCGGUUUUAUGUUAAGAUUUAUAGAGCCGAGGGACUACCAAAAAUGAACACCAGCAUCAUGGCCAAUGUGAAAAAAGCUUUUAUCGGGGAGAACAGGGAUCUUGUGGACCCUUAUGUCCUGGUGCAAUUUGCAGGGCAGAAGGGUAAAACGUCAGUUCAGAAGAGCAGCUACGAACCCAUCUGGAAUGAGCAAGUAAUCUUCACCGAGAUGUUCCCACCUUUGUGUAGGCGACUGAAAGUUCAGAUCCGUGAUUCAGACAAGGUGAAUGAUGUUGCCAUAGGAACCCAUUUCAUCGAUCUACGAAAGAUUGCAAAUGAUGGAGACAAAGGGUUCCUACCCACUAUGGGCCCAGCCUGGGUGAAUAUGUACGGUUCUACCCGUAACUACACCCUGAUGGAUGAGCACCAGGACCUGAAUGAGGGGCUGGGGGAAGGUGUGUCUUUCAGGGCACGCCUCCUUAUUAGUAUUGCAGUGGAGAUCCUGGACACCUCUUCCGCUGAAAUAAUGAGCUCUACUGAGGUACAAAUAGAGCCGGUGUCCAACAUGUCAGAGAGUGCCACAGGGAAGAUGGAGGAGUUUUUCCUUUUUGGGUCGUUCUUGGAGGCCACAAUGAUAGACAGAAAAAUUGGAGAUAAACCCAUCAGCUUUGAAGCCACUAUCGGUAACUAUGGUAACCGGAUUGAUGGAGUGAGCAAGCCUGCAUCAGCAAAGAAGAAGAAAGAGGGUGGAGGGGAGAGUGAAGAAGAGGAGACUGAGCUCAUCCAUAACUCCAGCGAUGAAGAGGCAGAGGAUGAUGGAGAUUUGACAUCUGUGCCGUCCACCCCUCCUAUGAAACCAGUUAUUACUGACAGAAAUUACUUCCACUUGCCUUACUUUGAAAAGAAACCCUGCAUUUACAUCAAGAGCUGGUGGCAAGACCAGAGGAGACGGCUCUACAACUCCAAUAUAAUGGACAAGAUUGCAGAUAAACUGGAGGAAGGUCUGAAUGAUGUUCAAGAAAUCAUAAAAACAGAGAAGGCAUAUCCAGAACGCAGACUUCGAGGUGUUUUAGAGGAGCUUAGCACAAGUUGCAGCCGAUUUGUUACACUGGCAAACAAAGAUCAGAAUCUCUCCGGAAGAACCAAGCUGGACAAAGAGAGGCUCAAGUCCCGCAUGAGAGAGUUGGAGAGUAUGGCUCAGCAGGCGAAGACUAUCCGCUCACAGGUGAAGAGAAACACGGUUCGAGACAAACUCAAGCUAGUGUUCAAUUUCCUUCACAGGCUUCGUUUCCUGGCAGAUGAGCCCCAGCACAGCAUCCCUGAUGUGUUCAUAUGGAUGAUUAGCAACAACAAGCGCAUAGCGUAUGCCCGCAUUCCCUCCAAAGACAUCCUCUGCUCAAUUGUUGACGAAGAGAUGGGAAAAGACUGUGGGAAAGUUAAAGCUGUUUUUCUCAGGCUGCCUGGAAAGAAAGGCUUUGGGCCUGCUGGCUGGACAGUUCAGGCUAAACUGGAGAUGUAUUUGUGGCUGGGGUUGAACAAACAGAGGAAGGACUUCUUGAGCGGCCUCCCUAGCGGCUUUGAAGAAAACAAGGCUACGAAGGGAACAGGCAUACAAGCUGUUCCUCCCAUCAGCCUGGUUUAUAACAUGAAGCAGGUGUUUCAGCUGAGGGCCCACAUGUAUCAGGCUCGCAGUCUGUUUGCUGCUGACAGUAGCGGCCUGUCUGACCCUUUUGCAAGGGUUUUCUUCUCCACCCACAGCCAGGUGACAGAGGUCCUCAGUGAGACUCUUUGUCCUACAUGGGAUCAAUUGCUUGUGUUUGAUAAUGUUGAACUCUACGGUGAGGCUGGGGAACUCCGUGAUGAUCCACCAAUCAUUGUCAUUGAACUGUAUGACCAAGACACUGUGGGGAAAGCUGAGUUCAUUGGGCGAACAUUUGCAAAGCCACUAACUAAGAUGGUUGAUGAGCACUACGGGCCCCCACGGUUUCCCCCCCAGCUGGAGUACUAUCAGAUCUACAGAGGAAACUGCACUGCAGGAGAUCUGUUGGCUGCUUUUGAGCUACUGCAGAUUCCUUAUGAUGAUGAGGAGAUCAGGAGGGCCCUUAUUGCUGUCCAUGACUUUGCUGUACCUCAGAUCAAGAUUGGUCCAGCAGGACGGGCAGCUCUUCCUCCGAUUGAUGGGCCGACUGAUUCUGACCGUGGACCCAUUCUUCCUGUUCCACUGGGCAUACGACCAGUUCUCAGCAGAUAUCGUAUAGAGGUCCUGUUCUGGGGUCUGAGGGACCUUAAAAGAAUCAAUCUGGCUCAGGUGGACAGGCCUCGUGUGGACAUCGAGUGUGCAGGGAAAGGAGUUCAGUCAGCCCUCAUUCAGAACUACAAGAAGAAUCCUAACUUCAGCACAUUAGUGAAGUGGUUUGAAGUGGAUCUGCCAGAAAAUGAGCUACUUCAUCCACCACUCAAUAUUCGGGUGGUGGACUGCAGGGCAUUCGGUCGCUACACCUUGGUGGGGUCUCAUGCCGUGACCAGCCUUCGCAAGUUCAUCUACAGCCCCCCAGACAAGACUGCUAACAACUGGGCUCACACCGCUAGACUGGCCAAUGGCUACAUGGCUCUCACGAAUGGGGCAUCUCAUUCCCGCCCCCAAUCCCGUCCCAUUUCUCAUCCCUCAGGUGAUAUUGUGGUCAAUAUGGACCCUGAACCCAACAUUAAGAAGAUAGACACAGUUGUCAAGAUUGAUGCUACCACCGAUGCUGUUGUUAAAGUUGACUUGAAUGAGGAUGAGAAGGAGAAGGAGAAAAAGAAAAAGAAGAAAAAGAAAGGAGAAGAAGUGGACGAGGAGGAGCCGGAUGAGAGCAUGUUGGACUGGUGGUCCAAAUACUUUGCCUCAAUAGAGACUUUGAUGGAGAAUCUCAGAGCCCAGGAGGCCGCUCUGGCAGAGGCAGAGGAAAGAGAAGAUUUGGAGAUAGCAGCAGAGAGUGCAGAGAUCAAAGCUGAUGACUUUCCUAUGAAAGGCACCAAACCCAAGGAGAAGAACAAAGACAAGAAGAGCUCCAAGGACAAAAAGAAGAACCAUGAUGGCACAGAAAAACGACCUCCAAAACCAAAAGUUGAUGAACUCAUGGUGUACAAUAAAGAGCUGGAGAGUGAGUUUGGUAGCUUUGAGGACUGGCUCCACACCUUCAACCUGUAUAGAGGAAAGGCUGGAGACGAUAUUGACCACAAUGUGGUUGAUGAUGACAGGAUUGUGGGCAGAUUCAAGGGCUCCCUCUGUAUGUAUAAACUUCCACUGUCUGAGGAGAUCACCAGGGAGGCAGGAUUUGACCCAAACAUGGGCAUGUUCCAAAGUAUUCCUCACAAUGACCCUAUCAAUGUUCUCAUAAGGAUUUAUAUCAUUAGAGCCACAGACCUGCAUCCUGCGGAUAUAAAUGGUAAAGCAGACCCUUAUAUAGUCAUUCGAUUGGGAAAGUCAGAGAUUCGGGACAAGGAGAACUACAUAUCCAAGCAGCUAAAUCCUGUCUUUGGAAAGUCGUUCGACAUAGAGGCUACAUUCCCAAUGGAGUCCAUGCUGACGGUUGCAGUAUAUGACUGGGAUUUGGUUGGAACUGAUGACCUGAUUGGUGAGACUAAGAUUGAUUUGGAGAACCGAUACUACAGCAAACACAGAGCCACAUGUGGCUUUGCAUCCAACUACUCUGUCCAUGGUUACAAUGUAUGGCGUGACCCUCAGAAGCCAACUCAGAUCCUUGCUAAGUUGUGCAAAGAAGGUAAAUUGGACGGACCCCACUAUGGACCUGGUGGGAAGGUCAAAGUUGCAAACCGCAUCUUUCUUGGGCCAACAGAAAUUGAGGAUGAGAGUGGUCUGAAGAAGCAGACAGAAGAACACUUGGCUCUUACGGUUCUUAGGCAUUGGGAGGAGAUUCCACGUGUUGGUUGCAAACUCAUCCCUGAGCAUGUGGAGACCAGACCGCUCCUCAACCCAGACAAGCCAGGCAUAGAGCAGGGAAGGAUUGAAAUGUGGGUGGACAUGUUUCCUAUGGAUGUACCAGCACCAGGACCAGCCAUUGACAUAUCACCACGCAAACCAAAGAGCUGGCUAAAAGGACAGCAGGAGGAUAAACAGGACACAGACGUGCAUUAUCACUCUCUAACCGGGGAAGGAAACUUCAACUGGCGCUUUGUUUUCCCUUUUGACUAUCUCAUGGCUGAGGAGAAGAUAGUCAUCUCUAAGAAGGAAUCCAUGUUUUCCUGGGAUGAGACAGAGUACAAGAUUCCUGCUCGACUCACCCUUCAAGUAUGGGAUGCUGACCAUUUCUCCGCAGAUGACUUCCUGGGUGCGAUUGAGCUGGACUUGAAUAAGUUUCCCCGUGGGGCAAAAACAGCUAAGCAGUGCUCUCUCAACAUGGUUCUCAAAGAGCAUGAGCUGCCAACCAUCUCCAUCUUCAAACAGAAAAGAGUGAAGGGCUGGUGGCCAUUUGUGGCCCGGGAUGAGAAUGAUGAAUUUGAGCUCACAGGGAAAGUGGAGGCAGAGCUCCAUCUAUUGACAGCGGAGGAGGCAGAGAAGAAUCCGGUCGGCCUUGGGCGGAAUGAACCUGAGCCACUUGAGAAACCAAACCGGCCUGACACCACCUUCCUGUGGUUUCUGAGCCCGCUGAAGGCCAUCCGCUACCUGAUAUGCAACCGCUACAAAUGGCUCAUCAUCAAGAUCGUCUUGGCUCUGCUGCUGCUGAUCAUGGUGGGCCUGUUUCUCUACAGCAUGCCAGGCUAUCUGGUCAAGAAGCUGCUCGGGGCCUAAAGAGGGGUCAAAAAGGUUCAUUUGAGAGAUUCGGAUUUGACCUUGCCCUCUGAAGUGGUCCUUUUCUAAUAUGUG